GUGCUGCAGAUACUUGAUCUUUAUGCUCAAGUGUACGAAGAUCUCCUGGCAGUACCUGUUGUGAAAGGAAGGAAGACAGAGAAAGAGAAAUUUGCUGGGGGCGAUUAUACAACCACGGUAGAGGCAUUUAUAUCUGCCAGUGGAAGAGCAAUCCAGGGAGCGACAUCGCAUCAUCUAGGGCAGAAUUUCUCAAAGAUGUUUGAGAUUGUAUUUGAAGAUCCCAAGAAACCAGGAGAAAAACAAUUUGCUUAUCAGAAUUCCUGGGGCCUUACAACUCGAACUAUUGGUGUAAUGACAAUGAUUCAUGGAGAUAACAUGGGAUUGGUGCUCCCACCUCGAGUAGCCUGUGUUCAGGUUGUAAUUAUUCCCUGUGGUAUCACAAAUUCCCUUUCUGAAGAGGACAAAGAGGCUUUGUUGAAGAAAUGUAAUGAAUAUCGUAACAGGCUGCUUAGUGUUAAUAUUCGUGUACGGGCUGAUUUAAGAGACAACUAUUCACCUGGCUGGAAGUUCAACCACUGGGAGCUUAAG